AUGCUCCUUAUUAGGGGGCGUCCGUGGCUCGGCAGCGGCGCCAUUGGCGGAGCGUCUGUGCGGGCCCGGGAGCAGCGGCAGCGGCCGGAGCGCGGUGAGGCGGCGGCGGAGCUGGGAGGCGGCCGCAGCGGAGGAUUUUCCAUUCCUAGGACAUGUCUGGAGGGAGGAGGAGGAAAAGCCCUGGAAAUAGCGCACAAGGAGGGGCUGCAAAUCCAGCCCAGGGAGCUGCAGGGAGGAAAGAGCCCCCCUGAGCCAGGAAGCGGCCAGAGAUCCAGCCAGAGCUCAGAGCUGGUGGAGAAGCCUCAUGGCAGGGAGAAGCCCCACAAGUGCUUGGAAUGUGAGAAGAAGUUCAGCCGGAGAUUGCACCUGAUCCAGCACCAGGUGAUCCAUGGGGAGCAGCCCUAUGAGUGUGAGGAAUGUGGGAAGCGUUUUAGCUGGAGCUCCAGCCUCAGGCAGCAUCAGGUGAUCCACACUGGGGAGAGGCCCUUUGAGUGUGAGGAAUGUGGGAAGAGCUUCAGCCAGAGCUCCAUCCUGAUCCAAUACCAGAGGAUCCACACUGGGGAAAAGCCCUUUGAGUGUAGGGAAUGUAGGAAGAGCUUCAGGCAGAGGGGCCAGCUGAUGCAACACAAGAUGAUCCACACUGGAGACCGGCCUUAUGAAUGUAGGGAAUGUGGGAUGAGCUUCUGCCAGAAGGGGAGCCUGAUGCAACACCAGAGGAUCCACACUGGGGGAAAGCCCUGUGAGUGUGUGGAAUGUGGGAAGUGCUUCAGCCAGAGCUCUGGCCUGAGGAAACAUGAGAGGAUCCACACUGGGGAAAAACCCUAUGAGUGUGGGGAGUGUGGGAAGAGCUUCAGCAUGAAGUUCCAGCUGACAGAACACCAGAAGAUCCACACUGGGGAAAAGCCCUACAAGUGUGGGGAAUGUGGGAGGAGCUUCAGAGGAAGCUUGGCCCUGAUUCGGCACCAGGUCAUCCACACGGGGGAACGGCCCUACACCUGCUUGGAAUGUGGGAAGAGCUAUGGGUGGAGCUCAGACCUGAGAAAACACCAGCGCACCCACACUGGGGAGAGGCCCUACGAGUGUCCUGAGUGUGGGAAGAGGUUUCACAGGAGCUCCGAUCUCCUCAAACAUGAGCGGAUUCACACCGAGGAGAGGCCCUUCCGCUGCCCCGAUUGUGGGAAGGGCUUCAAACAAAACUCCAAACUCAUCAUCCACCAGCGCAUCCACACUGGGGAGAGGCCCUACGAGUGUCCUGAGUAUGGGAAGAGCUUCUCUACGAGCUCAGUCUUGACCCGAGAUCAGUGGAGGCGCCAUUAAGGGAAGCCCUUUGAGUGCCCCAAAUGUGGGAAGAGCUUUGUGCGCUGCUCCAGCUCCAUCCUCCAUGAGAGGAUCCACAUGGGAUGAUCCCCAGUGACCCCCGUUGGGGAGAGCCCUGAUGAUCCGUGGUCCUGGUGAUGAAAGUUGGAAGGCAUCUGGCUGGGGGGCUCCACAUCUUCCUGGUUCUCUGAGGAUACCUAGAUAAACCCAGAGGCAGGAACAUCCAUCAGGACGCAGGCCAACAAUGGGAAUUCCUUGGGAAGAGCAGAUUUGUUGACUUUCAACCCCAUAAAAUCUUUUGCAUUCAACCCUGGUGACAUCAGGGAGUACUGAAUGGUCUUGGAAGUAUAUUCUGCGUUGACUAUAUGAUGCUUGUAUCCCCAGUCAUCUGUUCUGUUUAUGCUGAAUAAUAAGUUUUGACCUUCAAGACUUGCUCUGAGAGUGAAGGGGUAGAGAAGCAGCAUGCAGUUUGUUUUCAGAAACUGCACUCGCUCUUCCACAUUCCUGCUCUGGGACUGUGUUGUCUGCGGAUGGACAGACAGCGGGACAGAGCUCUCCUUUGCUUUUACUUAGUUUUAGCUAGCUGAGGCAAACAAGUUCCCUGAACUGUGGAGUUUUUCCCCUUUUCUUUGGACCUGUUUAAACCUGCUCUGGCCUGAACACCAGAAGAGCACGGGCAGCUCACACCUGUGGCCCACCGGGCCGGGCCUGGGCUGCGGCAUUUCCAGCACCGGAGGAACUGAUAAGGGACUGAGUGAGCUGAGCUACAGCCCACAGAGGGACCUUGUGAGUUUGUCUCUCUUUUAGAGCAGCAAGAGGUUUUAUUGUUUAAAAUUGUUUAGGUUUUAUUGUGUAAUAAACAGUUUUUUUCCACUUUUC